AGUGCACGAAUAUCUGUCGCUUUGAAUUUCUGUGACCUUGAGAGGCCUAUUGACGCACGUGCCAAGGUCACAGAAAUCGAUUAGACGUGCUUAAAAAGAUCAUGGGAAACUCUCUAUUAAUUCUUAAAUUUAAGAAAUUAAUAUCACACAGAUUGUUAAUAAUGAAAAAAAGUUAGUUAAACUGUCACUGUUAGUAGGAACUGUUCAAUUACUUUUACUACAUAAAGCAAGUCUGAAUGAAGUAGAUAAUAAUGGAUAUACCACUGUACUACAUACUGCUAGAAAAGGUCACAUAGAAAUUGUUAAAUUUCUAAUUGAGAAAGGCGCUGAUAGUAAUUAUAUCAAUACAUUUAAAAGGAAUGCAUUAAUGGAAGCACGUGCUAUGAGUCAAACAAAUAUUGACGAAUAUUUGCUGACUCAAGAUUUUAAUAUCAAACAGACGGAUAAUAAUGGAAAUAGUGCGUUAAUAUUGGCUUGCGAAGCUGGACACCUCAGUACUGUUGAAUUACUUUUACAACAUAAAGCAAGUAUGACUGAAGUAGAUAACGAAGAAUACAACGCUUUACUAAUAGCUGCAUGCGGCGGUCACACAGAAAUUGUUACAUUUCUUAUUGAGAAAGGCGCUGAUAUUAAUUGGGUCAAUAAAUUUCAAAGAAAUGCUUUAAUGGAAGCAAGUUUUAAGGGACAUACACAAACUGUCAAAUUUUUACUGACACUAGAUUUUAAUAUUGAACAAAAAGCUGUGUAUGGUGACACAGCGUUAUUGCUUGCCUGUGAAGCAGGACACCUCAGUACUGUUGAAUUACUUUUACAACAUAAAGCAAGUCUGAGUGAAGUAAAUAAUCAAGGAUAUAACGCUUUACUAAAAGCUGCAUGCGGCGGUCACACAGAAAUUUUGAAAUUUCUUAUUGAGAAAGGCGCUGAUAUUAAUUGGGUCAAUCAAUUUCAAAGAAAUGCUUUAAUGGAAGCAAGUUUUAUGGGACAUACACAAACUGUCGAAUUUUUACUGACACGAGAUUUUAAUAUCAAACAGACGGAUAAUAAAGGAAAAAGUGCGUUAUUAUUGUCUUGUGAAGGUGGACACCUCAGUACUGUUGAAUUACUUUUACAACAUAAAGCAAGUAUAACAGAAGUAGAUAAUAAUGGAUUUAACGCUUUACUACAAGCUGCAUGGAAAGGUCACACAGAAAUUGUUACAUUUCUUAUUGAGAAAGGCGCUGAUAUUAAUUGGGUCAAUAAAUUUCAAAGAAAUGCAUUAAUGGAAGCAAGUUUUAAGGGACAUGCACAAACUGUCAAAUUUUUACUGACGCGAGAUUUUAAUAUUGAACAAAAAGCUGUGUAUGGUGACACAGCGUUAUUGCUUGCCUGUGAAGCAGGACACCUCAGUACUGUUGAAUUACUUUUACAACAUAAAGCAAGUCUGAGUGAAGUAAAUAAUCAAGGAUAUAACGCUUUACUACAAGCUGCAUGGGGAGGUCACACAGAUUUUGUUAAAUUUCUUAUUGAGAAAGGCGCUGAUAUUAAUUGGGUCAAUCAAUUUCAAAGAAAUGUUUUAAUGGAAGCAAGUUUUAAGGGACAUACACAAACUGUCAAAUUUUUACUGACACUAGAUUUUAAUAUCCAACAGUCGGAUAUCCAUGGAAAUAGUGCGAUAUUAUUGGCUUGUGAAGCUGGACACCUCAGUACUGUUGAAUUACUUUUACAACAUAAAGCAAGUCUGAGUGAAGUAAAUAAUCAAGGAUAUAACGCUUUACUACAAGCUGCAUGGGGAGGUCACACAGAUUUUGUUAAAUUUCUUAUUGAGAAAGGCGCUGAUAUUAAUUGGGUCAAUCAAUUUCAAAGAAAUGUUUUAAUGGAAGCAAGUUUUAAGGGACAUACACAAACUGUCAAAUUUUUACUGACACUAGAUUUUAAUAUCCAACAGUCGGAUAUCCAUGGAAAUAGUGCGAUAUUAUUGGCUUGUGAAGCUGGACACCUCAGUACUGUUGAAUUACUUUUACAACAUAAAGCAAGUAUGACAGAAGUAGAUAAUAAUGGAUACAACACUUUAAUAAAAGCUGCAAAGGGCGGUCACACAAAAAUUGUGAAAUUUCUUAUUGAGAAAGGCGCUGAUAUUAAUUGGGUCAAUAAAUUUCAAAGAAAUGCUUUAAUGGAAGCAAGUUUUAUGGGACAUACACAAACUGUCGAAUUUUUACUGACACUAGAUUUUAAUAUCAAACAGACUGAUACUAAUGGGAGAAGUGCAUUCGAACUAUGUGUCAGAAUGAACCCAAUCUCGAUCAAGACAUUCGCUGCACUAAUUGACGUGGAAAAAAUCAAAUGUUAUAAAAAUGUGGAUAUUUGUUUACAAUUACUUUACAAUGAAGUGCUUUUUAGCGGGAAAUGGCCAAAUACGUUCUCAACUUCUAGAACAGUUCAGUUUAAUAAGAUAAUAAGGAUUUUAAAGGAAAAGCAAGCAGGACCUGACACACCAAUAGAGCAGCUUAGACAACUGAUUAAAGAUGUGAUGACAACAUUUGUGAAAACAAAAGAAUUAACGCUCUUCGGGUUCUAUGUGCAGCAGAAAUGCUUUGAAGUUCUGUGCAACAUUAUGAAAACAAAAUCUAGUGAAGACUGCACACUAAUAGGAAACUAUCUGGCGGAGUUAAAAUGUGCAGAAAUCACAAUUCAAGUAGUACGUGAGAAACAAUUGCUGCACAUUGAAGCACCGGGAUUUAUAUGCACGAUCCUUCAAACACUGAAAUGGUUUAGCAACGUCAGCAGAAAUUUUCUAAAGACUGUAGCACAACAAGGAGUUGUAGAUUUACUUAUACAGCGUUUACGUCAGUUAUCGGAUACUUCAAACAAGGAAUGGACUACUUUUUCAAACCUCUCUGCUGGUAUCAUACUGCACGUGUUGCAAAAUGAAAAGUACACUGAGCAUCCGGACGUGGAAGAAAUAAUAUCAUUAAUGUUAAAGUGUGUUACUGAUAAAGAUCCAGAUGCAACAACCGACAUUAAACUAUUGCACGUGUUUAUAGACAACAGCAAGCGAUCAUGGUUUCCAGAAAAAGAUGAUGCACAAAUGUGUAUUCAGGGAAUCUGUCAAGCUAUUGAAAAUAAAAGCAGAUCGUACAAGGAUUUUAACUUGGCAUCUUGGAUAAAAAUUCUGACGAAAAUGUGUCGCAAAGCUAAAUUAAUUUUUGAGAUUUUAGACUCCGAACCGCUUGACUGUUUGUAUGAUGGCAUAAGCUCCACAAACAUAACGGAACAAGAAGCUGCUGCAGAUUGUUUGUUGGCUAUUGCUGAGAAAAUUCCUGGAAAUUUUAAAAUUUGUGAAAACGAACGCAUUAUGUCUUUACUUGAGAAAAUGCAAAUUUGCGGAACUCACAUUCUAGAGAAGAAAGCAGUCUCGAUUUUAUGGCUCGUAAAACGGGACGCAAUAAUUAUUCAGAACAAAGAAGAAAUCGUGUCUCCAAAACUUCCUGAGCACUGGAAAAAGUCCACAUCGCUAGGAAAAGGAACGUACGGAUGUGUUUAUCUCUUAAAAGAUUUAAACAAACCAACGUCUAAAGAGUUUGCAUUAAAGAUAAUGGAAACGUUUGACGGAAUAUUAGAAAAUCAGAAAAAUGCCGAGUUACAAAUUUUGUUGAAAGUUAGCCACCAUAGACUUAUUAGUUAUUUCGGAUUUCAAAAGAAAGGAAACAAAUUAUACCUGUUUUUUGAAUAUAUGCCUAUGGGGUCUUUAAAGUCGUAUAUAAAACAAGAGAAUGGCCUCUCUGAGAAAAAGCUCAAAGUAUUCGCUCGGCAAAUCCUUGAAGGACUCAGUUUUCUACACAACCAAAGUACGCCAAUUAUUCACAGGGAUAUAAAAGGUGACAAUGUUUUACUAGAAAAUGAAAACAGUGUAAAGCUAGCCGACUUUGGAUUAUCAAAAAUGCUGACUAACUCAAAUCCAGCUAAAACGCAUAAUGCCGGUACAACAAAGUGGGUCGCUCCUGAAGUAUUAAAUGGGACAGAUAAUACACCCUAUGAUUGUAAAGCUGAUAUUUGGAGUCUGGCCUGUACUGUGGUGGAAAUGGCCACAACAAAUCCGCCAUGGCCUGACCACACACCAGCGCAGCACAUGUUUCAACUGGGAAAUGAGAAAAAACCCGAAUAUGCACUGCCGGUUAUUUUUUCUCAAGACUUGGAAGAUUUUUUAAAUAAAAUGUUUCAAUAUGAUCCUAAUAAAAGAGCUUCAGCGCUUGAACUCUUAAAUGACUCGUAUGUUAAAUGGACGGUGGAAUCUUCAACUGAAUAGAAUCUUUAAAAAACAUCUUGAACAUUUUUAAAUUUUCAAAUAUCAUUGAAAUAAAUAUACGAAUAUCCUG